AUGCCCCCGUCGAUGAGGAUUGUUCCAUUGGCACAAUGGCCUCAUACUGAAAUCAAUGAAGCUGCCCGACUUUACGAGGUCGGCCGCCAGACUGGUUAUACCGUUGGCCAUUACCACUCACUGAAAACUGCGCUCAUCCAGAGUUACGUGAAAAAUGGCAAGGAGUGCAUCGAGCCAACCAUCGAACACACCGUCCUGGGAGACUUCUCCCAAGAGGGGGACUCGGGUUCGCUGAUUUACAACGACGACCUCGAAGUGGUUGGGCUGCUGUUCGCUGGCAACGAACGCAGCCAGCUGACCUACUUCACCCACAUUGAGGACGUGUUUCAUGAUAUCAAGGCCAUGACAGGUACCGUGGAUGUUCGGGUCAAGUAG